AAAACAAGGCCCAUGUCUCUAAAACAGGUUUCUUCCAUUCCUCUAUCCUCGCAGCUUGGACAGGACUGAGGGACAUUUGGAUGCACUUAAGAGUGUGCCCCGUCCCCCCCAUCGGAACAGCUGUGGAUCCGCCCCUGUGGCCACCGGGGGAAACCGGCAGCGAGGCUGACUUUUUAAUACAUCUGUGCUUCAGACCCAACGAAUGCAGCUGACUCGUGCCAUUAUGCUACCUGAGCCUCCAGAGUCACAAAUGGUUUCUACAACUUUUUUUCACAUAUGUGCAGAAAUCCACUCCCCAAAACCUACAACCAAACGGUGAUGUAUGAAAUUAAGAUUUCCGCUUUAAACAUCUGCUAAUAGACGAGCUUUUUGGAGCAACAGGAAAAAUAAUCAUCAAAAGAUCAAACUGCAUGUAGGCUAUUUGAAGAGUCAGCAAACACGUGAAGUGUACACGAUGAAUUGUUAAGAUGAUAUCUGGUUUUUAAAAAAACCCACUUGGUCGCUGGUGACUAAGAAUAACUGAACUCACCGUGGGACUGGCCUGGACCAGCCAGAUUCCCACGACCCCUCCUCUACAAACACACUAAUCAAAACACGGACUCCGGGCGCACAAGCAGCGAGGACACAGGGCGGCAGAGCAGCUUUGCACCACUUUCACUGCUAUUUACUAUCAGAGCUUCGUUUCAGGCUCAGCAGCACCCGCUGUUGCGCUGUACAGCCAAGGACGGGAAACGUCUCAUAAUCUGAUGAAUUGGGUGAAAGUGUGGAUUUAACCGCGAAUCAAAGUGAUGAGGGGGAUAACGCAGAGGAGUAGGAGGGAUGAAGCAACUCUUUUUUGAAUCUGAUAAUGCCGAGGAGCCAGUUUCUAUCUCGGAUUUACGUCCAAAGCAAGUCUGAAGCCACAGGAUGACGGCAGCCAGUCCAGUCUGCAGCCCCACCUCAUCCCACUCUAACCAGUCCUCAGCUUUUUGCCUCCCAGGAUGCCACAGACAGCUGUGGAAAGGCAGAGCCCUCCAGACCAAACUGCACCUGCGCUCGGCUCCAGGUGUGUGGCUCCUGUUGGGCGUAGCAGUGGUUUUGGUGGGGAUGAGUGUAGCCGUGGCAGGCUACGUAUCCGCAGCACCCAAGCCUGUGGGCGGCCGUGGCAGCACCCAUGUUGAGAGGAUGAAACUGGCCGGGCCCGUGGUCAUGGGAGUGGGCCUGUUCAUCUUUAUCUGUGCUGCUACACUGCUGUACGAGAAUCGGGACCGUGAAGUGCUCAGACAAAAGACACCUGAUGACCUUGAGGAUUUGAAGGGAGGAACUGGGUGGGAGGAUUUGCAGGAGCAACCCAGCUUCAGCUGUCAGGAGCAGUGGGGGUGUAAGGAUGGAGAGCAGGGAUCCUGGGCCGCGCCAGCCCACAGACUCCCCCUCUCAAACCAGAGCUGGGGCCCUCCUUUUUCUCCUUCACUGCCUCCCACAAACAGACACAUCAGCAAACCAUCGCUGCCACCUCCUCUGGAUGCAGGAGGUGGAGAUAAAGAGAAGGUGGAUGGAAAGGAGGAAGAUGGAAAGUCAACUCUGCUGGCCCAGGUUCUGCACCACCAGGAGCCGGCUCCUCACCCUCCCUCCCCCUGCACGUCCAUCUCUCACGCUUCUGUUCAUUCAGACUCUAGUGAGAUCCACUCCAACAUAUGGACAGGCACUCCUCUGCCCCCUCAACACUGAGCCCCCUACUGUACCCGCUCUACUGUCUCAUAAAAUAGGUAUGAUGAGAUACAGUAUGUGUAGACACACACUAAAGACAACACUAUGCAUUCCUCAAUAAAUGUUGUGUCUGAGUGGCA